AUGGACCUCGAGCUCCUAAGAAACAACAGCACCAACCUGAACGUCUUUGAAGACAACGAUCCCCUCUUCCAUGCCUGCUGGCGUCGACAGUCUUGUCUAGGCUGUUUAGCAGGCGACGUUCCCUGCAGCUGGUGCGCAAUAUCCUCGACUUGCGUGCCGAAUACGGCGCGGGUUCCGAUAUUCACGCCUAUAAGCUCAGAGUCUAUUUGCCCACUUGGUUCUAAGGAGAGGUGGGAGCUUAGGGCGCUGCCACUAGGUUGUCAUGCGAGUACGUUGACUGUUCUGUCAGUUAUGAUAGCUGUUCUGGGGACGGUGGCGUUUGGCGGGGUGGUAUUUGGGAUUGUUUGGCUUGUACAGUGUGUAAGACGGCGUUGGAAAGAGACAGAGUAUGAUCGGGUUAGCGAUCGGGAGAGUAGUGAUGAUCGGCAACCUUGGGAUCUGGGGAUUAGUUCUUUCCUUGCUUUGUUUCCUGGAAAGGGUCGUCGGACGGAAGUUGAAGACGGGGAGGAGACGGAAACGUGGCCGUUGUUGGUGUAGUCUUUGAUAAUUAUUG